AUGCGACAGAAGUGUGCGUUUUCCGCGCUCACCGUGGCGUCCGUUGCGCGCUGGGCGCAGGCGCUGGCGGCGGCCGCGGAACGGCUCUUUCAGAUAGACCUUGCGAGUCCACAACUAGACUUGAAUCAUGGGAUCGUGUCUCUGCUUCUGAACCUGGCCGGGCGGCCGCUGGACGCGCCCGGCGCGGCGGAGGCGGCGGAUGCGGCGGUGCUGGCGGCACGCGGGCAGGCGGAGGCCGGGGCGAGCGCGGGCGGCGCGGACGCGGGCAGCGCUGCGCUCUCACAGUCGUCGGACGAUGAGGAGACUCUGUCGGCCGGGGUUCGAUACGACGACGACAGCGAGCUGUCGGAGUGGAGCGACGACGACAGCGACGAGGAGGACAGCGCGCGCACCGACGUGAACGCGGAGACUGCCGCGAAGCGCGCCUUGUGGGUGCCCUAUGGUCUUUCGGACGCCAUCCAAGACCUGCAAACACUAUCUGUGGAGGACGCACACCACCACAGCGGAGCCAGCGGCGCCUCCCGCGGACGCGGCGCCAGGGACGACGCCGUCGCGCUGCAGAACGCGUUCUUCCGCGCCAUGGCCGGCAGGCCCACGGAGGGCAUCGUCGAGCUCCGAGACGACGGCGUGCUCGCUCUCGACCUCUUCUCCUUCGGCCCGGCGCGCUCCGUCAUCGCCGGCGCGUGCCGCACCGGCACCCACGUGCUGUGGUGCGCCGCCGUCUGUGCAGCGGCCACGUGCACCCCGCCGCCCGCCGCCGUCGCGUGCGUCGCGCGCGACUGGGCGGCUCUCGCGUCGUGCGGGCCCACCGUGGCCGCCCUCGCCGACGCAGCCGCGGCAGAGCUCGAGAAGCUGACUCAUGCUAUCGACGCCCUGAGUCAGGCGAUGCUGACGCAGCAGGACGAGUGGACGCCGCCGCCGACGCUGCUGGCCGUCGAGGCCGCGGCGCAGCCGCACGCCGACGCGGUCGCCGCGCUCGCGGGGACUCUCCUGACGUGUUUUCAGGACCCGCGGGGACACCCCCCGUUCCCUUGCGCGUCGCGGGCGGACCGGGCCGCCGCGGCCGCACGCGCGCUCGACGGGCUUCUGCGCGUAUCGACGGACAUGGACGCGGCCGGGACGGCGCGCAGGACCGGCGCUGCCGACCAGGCCGCUCCACACGCGCCCGCGCGAGCAGCGGAGCCGUCGCGUGCUCCGUCGCCGGCGACGAUGGUCGCGGAGAUCGUGCGCCGGGCCGCGGCUCCGCUGGAGCGAGGACUGCGGGCGUGGCUCGGGCGCGGCGACCUCCCGGACGACCCGUGUUCUGACUUUUUCGUCGACGCGGUGCCGUCUGUCAGGCUGGCUGCGUCAGGCGGGCCGCCGGACCCGGCGUUCGUCUGGACGAGCGCGUUCCAGCUGCUCGCGGUUCCGGCGGCGCUGCGGGACGCCGCCGAGCACGUGCUCCGCGAGGGGGUGUGUGCAAAACUCCUCACCCAGGAGUCCCCCGCGCCGCGCGCGCCCCGCCCGCGCGCCGCCGACGCACCAUCGGCCCCGCCGCAGCCGCUGCACGCGGCGAGGCGCCGCCGCUCCGCGCUGCCGGCGUUCCGCGGCCCCGGCCACCUGGCCGCCUAUCUCCCCGCCGCGCCAAGCAAUCGAGAAACACACUCUGCCGAGGGAACCGACUGCACCGUCCACGGCAUCGCCCCGCGCGCCGCGGACGGCAACGCCGUCGCCGACCCCGACGCCCUGUUCCUCGAGACACAUGCCCGGACGCUCCUCCAGGCGCGGCUCUCCGCAGCGACAAUCGCGGGCCCCGUCAGCGCCAGCACGCGGCUCGUGCUCGCACUGCGCGGGCCGUGCAGGCUCCAGGCGGACCUGGACGCAGCGCAGGCGGUGUUCCUACUAUCCACGCCGCUCCUGCGCAGCUUCGCCGCGGCGGUCGCCGCGCAGGUGCACCGCGGCAGGGGGCGUGUGCCGCCCUCGCACGAGCUCUCCGUCUUGCUGCGGGACCACGUCGAGGCGGCCUGGGCGCCGCCGGGGCUGCUGGAACGGCUGUCGGUGGUAGUGGAGGAGGGCGGGGGCGACGGCGUGGCGGCACUGGACGCGCUGGAGCUGCGGAUGACUGUGGGGGGUCUUGGGGGACUCGUCUUGACUCAGGACGCGGUCGUGGUGUACAGCCGAGCGCUGGUCUUCCUGCUGAAGGUCAUGUGGGCGAAGCACGCGCUGUUGGCGUGCCGCUGGCCGCUCAAGGGCGGCGCGGCGGGCCCGGGGCGGCGUGGCGGCGGCACCACGGCGUCCGUCCUGCUCUGGACGAUGUCCGCCGUCGUUGGCGCGGUGCACGACUUCGCGACGGGCGGCGUGCUGCUCGAGGCGGCGCCGGCGCUGGCGCGCGCGGUCGCGCGGGCCCGGGCACCGUCGGAGGUGCUGUCUGCGCACGCCGCAUUCUUAGACGCGCUCCGGGAGUACACGUUCGCGGGCGACGGCGCGGACGCUGGGUGGCGGAUGGUCGGGGGCCACGUGAUGGCGAUCUUCGACGGCGCGGUGGAGCUGGCGUGGGAGCAUGCGGCGGCGGAGGCAGCGGAGGGUGCGGUGGCGGAGGAGAGGUGGGGGGAGUUCGCGGAGCACUGUCAGGACAUGGCCGAGGAGCUUCGAGAUCGGCUGUCGUUCAUGCUGCGGGUGCUGCGCCACAAGAGCGAGGUCCAGGGGCCGGACUCGACAGCUGCGAGCUUCCUGGCCGCGCUGGAGCCUCUCGAACGCAGCCCGCGCGGGUAA